GUGACUUACUCAGUGUGAUUGCAUGCGUUGACAUUUGACAUUUGACUUGCAUCUCAACAACAAUGAAGCUCCUCAUCGCCUUCCUGUGUAUCACCGUGUCCACAUCUCAGACGCCACCCGAGCGUCCUGUAAUCUCGGAAACUUUCUCGUCAAUGACUGACAUCGAAUCCCACGAACCAGGAAGAGUAUUAUUUGGAGAAGGGAUAUGGGAUAUGGACUAUCAAGGAAACAAGGCAGUAGAAAACUACACGCUGCGAGAAGAGGGACCAAGUCGAAGAGUCCUCAACCUUCAACGAUAUGACAUGGGCGAGGUCUACGAAAUUAACGCCUACGGACACAACCAAUGCUCUCAUCGCGAAGUGACUGGUCACAUUGUCAGCGUGUUCGGUUUCCUAGAACAAGCAGAGUACAUGGGCAUUAUACCAUUCCGAAACCAUGACUUUGAAUUCUGGAAAUAUUCUGCUGGCGGAUUUAUCCUUGAACUUGGUGUUGAUGAAGAAGAUCGGAAUAGACCUGCUGUCCUAAGAAGACACCACGCUGGUGGAGAUACAGUAAUUUACUUCAGAGAAUUCAACAGCACCACUCCGACCGCCUCAGUCUUUGAGAUCCCACCCGAUUGUCGGGAGACAUUAAAUACUGUCCAACAACUCUAGUCAAUCACGUGGGCAGUGACUCCUAGCGCUACACUUACCUGCUUUUGCGUGAGCGGAUUUGUUUGCUUCAGCAUAUUUUUAGAUUCUUUUUUAGUUUUAUUGAACGCUGAUCUUUACACAAUCCUUUCAUGUUUUGAUUUUUGGAUGUCUGAAUUGGCUCACAUUAUGGUGCAAUGAUGUCUCAACUAGA